CUAGGUGUUCCAAGCAUGAGAUGGUUAGAACCGCUGGGAGCAAAGCACCACAGGGCGUCGAGGUUACCCUGGAGAGUGACCCAGCCUGACCCAGCCAUGAGGAGUUUUCACCUCCUGGUUGCCCUAAUCCUUGCAGUGCUCCUGGUGAGCCCAGGAAAUGCGGAGCGCGAGCCCCGGUAUGUGAGCCACUGCCUCCGGCGAGGAGGAAUCUGUCGGUAUGAUGACUGCAGUGAGGGCGAGGAGCAGAUUGGGACCUGCUACCACCACACCAUGAUCUGUUGCCGGGAUGAAGUGGUUUAGUAGGGAGAGGCAAACUGGCAAACUGAAGAUAUCCCCCCAAAGGAGAGAGUGUUCCUCUGCUCCCUUUUUCCAGUUAUGAUUUGACCUUGCCAAAUGUUACACACACACACACUCCUAAUAAAAAUGUAUUUUUCCUCUCUUGCA